CCACCUUGUGAACCAUUCUAGCACCUUUGAUUUCCAGAGAGGAAAGGUUUAAUUCAGUUCAAUAAUGAAGAUGGAGAAAGCCACACUUUUGUGCACUCUGUUUGCUCUGCUCUGCAUUGGGUGGUGCAUGGGAGAGGAGGAGCAGCUCCGCCGCCUUUAUGAGCAAUGGAUGCUUGAGCAUGGCAAGGUUUACAAUGGCCUGCUUGAGAAAGAAGCACGCUUCCACAUAUUCAAGAAUAACCUUGCUUAUAUAGAGGCACACAACCAGAAGAAUGAAUCAUAUAAGAUGGGGCUCAAUAAGUUUGCAGAUCUCACCCAUGAUGAAUUCAAAAACAUCUACUUGGGUACCAUGUUUCGAUCCACAAGCUCUCCCUCUCUUCGUUAUCAGUAUGCCCAUGGAGACCGCUUGCCUACAGCUGUGGACUGGAGAAAAAAUGGUGCUGUCACUGGUGUUAAGGACCAGGGCUCUUGUGGAGGUUGCUGGGCUUUUUCUGCAAUUGCAGCAGUGGAAGGAAUUAAUGAGAUUGUAACCAAGCGGCUAGUAUCUCUGUCAGAGCAAGAGCUUGUGGAUUGUGACACUGCUUCAAACCAGGGGUGUAAUGGAGGUCUGAUGGAUGAUGCAUUUCAAUUUAUCAUUGACAAUGGUGGAAUAGACAGUGAUACUGAUUACCCUUACCGGGCAGCUGAUGGCCUGUGCGACACAAAACGAAAAAAUUUCCAUGCGGCUACAAUUAAUGGAUAUGAAGAUGUACCCUCCAAUGAUGAGAUGUCAUUACAGAAGGCUGUUGCUCAUCAACCCAUCAGUGUGACUGUUGACUCUACUGGUUUCGAGUUCUAUGAAUCAGGUGUAUUCACAGGGAACUGUGGAACUGAAUUGGAUCAUGGUGUGACAUUGGUGGGUUAUGGGUCUGAUGGUAAGGACUACUGGAUUGCCAAAAAUUCAUGGGGAACAGGCUGGGGAGAGGGAGGAUACAUUAGGAUGGAAAGAAAUAUUAACAGUUCCUAUGGAAAAUGUGGGAUUGCUAUGCGAGCAUCUUAUCCAACUAAGAAUCCUGAGACCGCCGUUAAGAAGAUAAUUGGUUAUGUUGCCAGAAAGAUUAUUGCCAGUUUCUGAAAUUCAGUGAGCAGCUCCAUCAUUCUGAAAUGGGUUUUUCAAACUUAUAUUCAUAUCAUCUCAUCUAAUAAUAUAUAUCUAUUCGGAAAGUAUUGUUUAGGUUUUAUAUAAAGAAUGAAUCAAGCUGAAUAGCAGCUGAUUUGGGUUAAGUUGGUAUUGGUACGAGUUGUAUGUACUGAAUAGAAAUUAAUGUUAAAUAACGUAUGGUUUUGUAA